CACAGUGCAGAGUGGGCGUCUGAUCCGUCUUCUUCUCCAGCUCAUACAUGACUUCACGACCAACCUUACACAAGUUGGACAACUUCAAAUCGUGAAUUAUUCAGUCACAGUCGGCCGGUAAAGAUGACGGAAAGCUCCGCGAACAAGCUGCUGAACGGAGACGCCUGUCACCGGACUUCAAAUGGGAAAAAAUCCAGUAAAAAUGGCUUCGUGAAGAACCACUGUCUGUUUCAGCAACCACAGAAGUACCGUCGCCCCAGAGAGAAGAACCAGAAUGUCACACACAACUCCAGCCUAUACAAGAAGCCCUUCUUGGAAUCAUUCGAGGAGACUCCUCUGCUGGUGGCCGUGCUCACAUACAUGGGCUACGGCAUCCUCACCAUCUUUGGCUACCUCCGAGACUUCCUUCGAAGCUGGAACAUAGAGAAGUGUCAUGUGGCCCGAGAGAGAGAGGAGCAGAAGGAUUUUGUCCCACUGUAUCAGGACUUUGAAAACUUUUACACCAGGAACCUGUACAUGAGGAUUCGAGACAACUGGAAUCGGCCUAUCUGCAGCGUCCCUGGUGCUAGGAUGGACGUGGUGGAGAGAGUUUCCCCCGACUAUAACUGGACCUUUGAGCACACAGGCAAAGUGGUGAAGGGUGUCAUCAACAUGGGCUCAUACAACUACCUAGGCUUCGCUGAGAACGUCGGGGCCUGUGCUGACGCUGCUAUUGAGUCCACACAAAAGUACGGAGCUGGAGUGGGCAGCACUCGGUGUGAGAUGGGGAAUCUGGACAUCCACGAGGAGCUGGAGCAGCUAGUUGCCAGGUUCCUAGGUGUUGAGUCAUCGAUGGCUUUUGGCAUGGGCUUUGCUACAAACUCCAUGAACAUUCCUGCUCUCACCGGAAAGGGUUGUCUUAUUCUGAGUGACGAGCUGAAUCACGCGUCGCUGGUGCUGGGGGCCCGCCUGUCCGGCUCAACGAUUCGGGUCUUCAAACACAACAACAUGCAGAGCCUGGAAAAGCUGCUGAGAGACGCUAUCGUUCACGGGCAGCCGAGGACUCACCGACCCUGGAAGAAAAUCCUCAUCGUGGUUGAGGGCAUUUACAGUAUGGAGGGGUCAGUUGUGCGCCUGCCUGAGGUCAUUGCUCUGAAAAAACGCUACAAGGCGUACCUGUACCUGGACGAGGCCCACAGCAUCGGAGCCAUGGGGCCCAACGGCAGAGGAGUAGUGGACUACUUUGGCCUGGAUCCUAAAGACGUAGACAUCAUGAUGGGAACAUUUACCAAGAGCUUCGGUGCUGCCGGAGGAUAUAUCGGAGGGAGAAAGGAACUGAUCGACUACCUGCGGCGCCACUCUCACAGCGCUCUGUACGCCACAUCUAUUUCCCCCCCUGUGACCCAGCAGAUUAUCACCUCUAUGAGGAGCAUCAUGGGAGAGGACGGGACUACACUGGGUGCAGAUCGCCUCAGGCAGCUAUCACAGAACACCACCUACUUCCGCAGGAAACUCCGCGACAUGGGCUUCAUCAUCUACGGCAAUGAUGACUCCCCUGUAGUACCCAUGAUGCUCUACAUGCCUGCCAAAAUUGGGGCGUUUGGUCGGGAGAUGUUAAAGAGGAACAUCGGAACAGUGGUCGUCGGCUUCCCAGCAACACCCAUCAUUGAGUCGAGGGCACGUUUCUGUAUUUCGGCCGCCCAUAGCAGAGAGAUGCUCGACACAGCGUUGGCAGCCAUUAGUGAAGUGGGCGACCUGCUGCAACUUAAAUACUCCAGACGUGAGCAGCCUCUUCCCUCUCUGGGGUGGAUGUCUGAGGAGAGUCUGCUUCAGGACUGAGCCUGAUCAUUCACACCCCUACCCUUUCUGUAUAUUUUCACAUUUUACAUCACCUUUUUAUUUUGUCCCUUGUUUUCCUCUGAGCCACUCUCUCCACCGUAUCCUACACAUUUCUUCACCUCAGACCCAAGUGGACCCAAAGUCUUCACAGGUUACCUAACGUUUUGUGAAAACUGCAUUGCUCAUUAGCCUUGGUGCAUUAUGGGACCUGACCAGAACUCCCCUCAUCUUCCUGUAUGUGUCAGAUGUUACAAAGUGCAUUCAGAGCCUUUCAGUUUGUCCUAACUUAUUGUGACUGCAUCUAUCCAAGUCUUAUUCCUGUGAGCACAUCGAAUGUGUAUCUUAUUUGUGCAAUAAUAACAACAACAUGGAGUUUCUUUGUAAUUCAAACAACCUAGAGCAAAGUAGACAGAAUCCUGCCAUGAGUUUCUACUCUUGGGCUUAGAAAAAAUAAAUCUGAUCAUAGCUAUGACGUACACGAGAGGAAAAAAUUAUAUAUGUAAAUAAUAUUUAUCCAGGAGUUUGCUAUAUACUGCCUUAGGGUGGCAUCCCAAACUUCAAAGAGAGAUACAUUUUUUCACAGGAGUAACAUCAGCAUGUUAACUCCACAUGUAUUUAUCUGAUGGCUUUUUCUUUUCUAAUCACUUUUACUUGAAUAGAGAGUAGAGAAUAACGGGUUCUUUCCCUAACCAAAGGAUAUACUGUAUGUGUAUAGAUAUGUUUUCUACCUGUUCUCUUAAAAUGAAAAGCAGAUGUUCAAAAAGAAAAGCCUUUAACGGGGGAAGAUACCCAGGGAGCAAGUCUUAAGGAAUAUUUUUUACUGCUUAUUUUCUAUAAAUAUUUUUCAGCCUUAUUUACUGUUUACACCUGCACUCAAAAAACUUGAGCCCAGUGUCUUUAACAUUUCUAUAAGCUAAUGAGCUCCAUGUGUAAUAUAUUUCCCCCCACAUAAAGUCGUUCUCACUCAAGUGCUUUCAUAUGAAUCAGCGUUGACACGAUCUCUGAGCAUGAUGACACGCUGUAUCCUAGAUCUGUACGUAUGAUGAUGACGCUCCUGUGCGUAUCUGAUGUGCAGACAGCUUUAUUUAUUGAAAACGUCUUUGUCAUCUCUUAGCUUUGUUAUUUUUGUAACUGUUUUGUGAAAGGCAGCUCCAAAUGAAAGGUGUGCAUCUUAUCUGACUACUUUACCAUGUCUUAACUUCAGUGCCAGCACUACUGAUAGGCAUCUUGAUGCACAGAUGACGUAGUCACUGAAAAUAGAAAGAUAUAUUUGGGUAUGCUUUUAACGUCAUUGAGUUUUGUUUUGUUUUUUCAUUUAAUUUAUCAUCCGUAGUCUGGAAUGACAUUCCCUGUCAAAAUGUUUUAUUGUCUCGUGUGUUUUGCUGUUUUUGUCUGAAUAUUGUGUGUGAGGUUACCCCAAACAUGACCUACAUGCCAUGAUCAAACAUCCCUGUCACCUGUGUUUGUGUUCUAUCACUUAUUUGAUGUGAAUUGAAGGCUGUGUCAGCGUGCCCAGUCAAAAAGCUGGCCGAUAUCUGGCAAUGUAACCAUUCCUGUAAAUGUUCAUCGAAGUGAUAUAAUACAACUCCAGUUAAGAGAUGUGUUUCCUUAUGUUUUGGGAUUAUUAGCACAGCAUGACUGCUGUUUGGGGUAUCCUUUUUAAGUGUCCAUUCAUUACACAUUGAUUGCAUUUUUGUCUUUGAGUGAGUCAUUCCAACAUUGUUUCUGUUGUGCAGAAAAUUGCUUGAACAACCCAGUGAUGCAUUUGCUUUUAAUAAAUAUGAUUUUAAAGGUGGAACAAA